AUGGCGUUCUCUCUUAAUGCAAACCUCAAUCAGCCUUCUCUCAGUUGUGGAACCAAACUUUAUUCAGGAUUGAAGCUUCAAUGUCCAAGUCUGUAUGCAACUGGGAGACCUAAUUUAACUGCAGAGUUCUAUAGCAAGGUUAAUAAGAGCCUUCAAUGCGGGACUCGUAAUCAUAAAUCAACACAGGCAGCAGUUAAAAUGAUGCCUAUAGGGACACCCAAGGUGCCUUAUAGAACUCCUGGGGAGGGAACCUGGCAAUGGGUUGAUAUAUGGAAUGCCCUAUACCGAGAGCGUAUUCUUUUCAUUGGACAAAAUAUAGAUGAAGAGUUUAGCAACCAAAUAUUGGCCACAAUGUUAUACCUUGACACAAUUGAUGAUUCGAAAAGGAUGUAUUUGUACAUCAAUGGUCCUGGUGGAGAUCUUACUCCAAGCUUGGCCAUCUAUGACACUAUGCAGAGCUUGAAGAGUCCUGUUGGUACCCACUGUGUGGGAUUUGCCUAUAACCUUGCAGGCUUUCUUCUUGCAGCUGGGGAAAAGGGAAAUCGCUCUGCAAUGCCUCUUUCAAGAAUUGCUCUACAAUCCCCAGCUGGGGCUGCUCGGGGUCAGGCUGAUGACAUUCGUAAUGAAGCAAAUGAGCUUCUUAGAAUCAGGGACUAUCUUUACAAUGAGUUAUCUAAGAAAACAGGACAGCCUUUUGAAAAGAUUAACAAAGACUUGAGCAGAAUGAAGCGCUUUGAAGCCCAAGAUGCCCUUGAGUAUGGUCUCAUUGAUCGCAUAAUCAGGCCACCCCGAAUAGAUGCUGAUGUAGGUCCUAGUGAUGCAUCAACAGGUCUUGGAGUUGAGGUCAAAAUGCAGUUGGAAGUAUUCAAUCCAGAUCAGGUUUCUUGUGGCUUAGAAUCUUUACCUUGA